GAAAGAUAACGGGAUACGGUCGAUAAAACCGACGUGGACACAACAUAACCACCAGAACAGCAACUGUCGUCUUCUUCACUAGCUAGCUCAUAAUCACCACAACCACACCAAUAUAUUCAUACGAAUUUCCAAGGAAUUCGAAUUCCAAACCUUUUGUAUUAUCCUCUACAAACAAAACCAAACAAAGUAAAGUUCGCCGAUGACAUACUUCAGUUGCAAGAACUAAAAUGGCGUUAACAACUCCGAUUUCUUCACCAUCACAGUUAAUUCAUUUACCAGUGGGUCAUCGGCCAUCUCCGUCGUCGUACGCUCCAUUUAGGGGAUACACUUUGAUCCGGUCAAAAUUCCAAGUGAUCGCUCUGCGGAACACUGGGAAUUCGUUGUUUCCGGUUCUACCGAAAUUCUCGUCGACUGUUAGGUUUAGGUGUUAUGGCAAAUCGACGGAGGAGAGAGAGGUCGACACGUUAACAAGUGACAACGAUGACGAUUCCCGUGAAAACUCUCAUCAGAGUCCCAAUAAUGUGGAGAAGGCGGAGGACGGUGGUUCUCGAAGGAAUGUAUCGUCUUUGUCUGAUGCUCUAAACCUUGGGAUUCGUGAACCGGUUUAUGAGGUUGUAGAAGUGAGUUCAAGUGGAAUGGUGUCGACCAGAAAAAUCAAUAGACGGGAUCUACUAAAGUCGAGUGGUCUCCGCCCUCGAGACAUUCGUAGUGUUGAUCCUUCACUAUGGUUGACCAAUACAAUGCCUUCGUUGCUGGUUCGUGAGAAUGCCAUACUAUUAAAUUUGGGGCCAUUGCGGGCAAUUGCAAUGCAAGAAAGUGUGUUUAUAUUUAAUUACAACAGGAGAGCAGGGAAAGCUUUUAUAGAUGCAUUAUUACCACGAUUAAAUCCUAAAAGCAGUAAUGGAGGCCCUGUAAUGCCCUUUGAACUUGAGGUAGUUGAAGCUGCCCUGCAUUCGCGAAUACAACGGUUUGAGGAUAGACUGAUGGAAUUAGACCCACGUGUUCAAGCUUUACUAGAGGUUUUGCCAAACAAGUUAACUGCUGACAUAUUGGAGCAACUUCGGAUUAGCAAGCAAACCUUGGUUGAAUUGGGAUCGAAAGCAGGGGCACUGAAACAAAUGUUGUUUGAUAUACUUGAGGAUUCUCAUGAAAUACGUCGCCUUUGUAUAGUGGGCAGAAACUGCAUCCUCAGUAGAAACAAUGAUUUGGAGUGCUCUGUCCCACAGGAAAAGCAGAUAGCCGAGGAAGAAGAGGAAGAAAUUGAGAUGCUACUGGAAAACUAUCUUCAAAGAUGUGAAUCAUGUCAUAAUCAAGCAGAAAGGCUUCUUGAGUCAGCAAGAGAAAUGGAAGACUCCAUAUCUGUUAACCUAAGCUCUCGGAGGCUUGAGGUGAACAGAUUUGAGUUGCUUCUUCAGGUUGGGACCUUUUGUGUUGCAGUUGGUGCUCUCGUUGCAGGUAUAUUUGGCAUGAAUCUAAAAUCCUACCUUGAAGAACAUGUGUUUGCAUUUUGGCUUACAACAGGAGGAAUCAUCUUUGGUGCUGUGGUGGCGUUUUUCGUCAUGUACACAUACCUCAGAACAAGGAAAAUACUUUAGGCUUAAUUUGCAAACAAUGUACUAAGUUACACCCGUAUGUAUGAUCAAAGUCACAUCACAUAAACUCAGAUAGUAUCAUUUCAGACUUGCAACAAGGAAUUACCAUUUUUAGCCUCACCUGCCCAAAUCAAGACAUGAUGCAAGAUGACAAAACUCUCAAGUCUAGUACUGUACUUCACUUCCCAGAGAAGAUAUUAUUGCUGAUUUGGAUCUUUCUUCUUCUUGUGGAUACAAUUUAUUUACUUGUUAUGUGAGGGAGGCGAUACAUACUAUCAUUGUUAAAAUGUUAAUGCUUGAGUGUGAAUUACUUGGAUUACUGUUGAA